GCAUUGCCAAGUUCGUUCUUGUGUGGAACCAAGUUAUAAACAGUAUUAGAUCAGAGGACUUAAUCAGCAAUAGGGUGAGGGAAAUGGAGAUCAUGCUGGUAAAGUAGUGAAAGUUCUACAGGACAUGUUUGAAAUUAUAACCAAUGAUAUGAUGGUUGAUUCUUCCAAAAUAAUGGAAUUGCUAAGCUCUUUCCAGGACAUGGAUGAGGAUUCUCCUUAUUUUUGCAGACAUAUUGAGCCAUAAUUAUUUGAAAAAUACGUCGGUGAGAUGUCCAUCCAGUUUCCCUUGCCAGACAAUGCACCAUUGGAAGAGCAGAUCGGGCGUCUUAUUUUGCUGCUUACUGUCAAAGAUGGUGCACUGGAUGUACCUACUAACAUAGAUGCUCGCCGGCGCAUAUCAUUCUUUUCUACUUCCCUAUUCAUGAAUAUGCCCACUAUUCCCAGAGUGCAAAAUAUGCUAUCGUUCAGUGUUCUUACUCCCCAUUACAUGGAAGAUAUAAACUUUUCAAGGAAAGAGCUUCAUUCUAGUCAGCGAGAAAUUUCGAUUAUAUUUUACAUGCAAGAGAUAUUUCCAGAUGAAUGGAAAAACAUUUUGGAACGGAUGGAAUGUGCAAGUUUGGAAGCGUUGAAAGCUGAAGACAAGGAAGAAGAACUUAGAAGUUGGGCCUCUUUCCGGGGCCAAACUCUAAGCUGAACAGGUAAUGGAAUAGAAUAUGAGACAUAAAUGUGAUUAGAUGUUACUUACCUUAAUGUAACAUGAUUUACUUUUGUUUUAUGUGGUGUUAUAGUUAGAGGGAUGAUGUACUAUAGAGAGGCCUUAAAAUUGCAAGCAUUCCUUGACAUGGCUCAAGAUGAAGGUUUUUAACACUGCUGUUUUAUUUCUCAGACCAAUUCUUGUCCUCAAAACUUCCUUUCUUCCUGAUUAUCUAAUGAGAAUCCAUUCCUUUUGCCCUGUGUGUUUUGGCCAGAUAUUCUUGGAGGUUAUGAUACAGAGAACCAUGUAUUAUCCGCUCAACUAGAUGCUUUGGCAGACUUAAAUUUUACAUAUGUGAUUUCUUGUCAACAAUUUGGAUCCCAAAAAUCCGUUGGUGAUCCACGUGCACAAGACAUAAUUGAUUUAAUGAAAAGGUAAUGAACUACGUGAGAAAAUGCAGAAUAUAUGUGAACAUAUAUUCACUAGAAGGUUGAGAGAACAUAUAUUCACUAGAAGGUUGCAUCCACUUAGCCAAUUACUAAUUGAAAAUAUUAUAGGCUUACAUAGCUACCAGCUCAGAUGCCUUAAGUAGGAAUAGGAUCUGGAAAUCCAAUGAGUAAGAUAUAACUAUAUAAGGAAUGUGUAAUGAUUGAAUAAAUACUACAUCAUAUGUCACUAAUUUUGACCACAUAGAAAUUGUAGGCAUCAAGUCUAAAUAACCAUGUACUAACAAGUUUAUAGUGUUUGGAAUUUGUUUUUUUUUUUUCUAAUUGGCUUGGUUUGAAAUAUUAUUGAUAAGAGCAGAGGCUUUUUUAGUGCAAGCUAAUAUGAUUAUUUUCUUUUGGUGUUAAUAUAUGUGUUGGUUACUUUCACUACUAUUGCUUGAAAUGGUUUUCAAUAACUACAAGAAAGUGCUACAUUACUUUCACUACUAUUUCUUCAUUUUCUUGUUGCCAAGCUAAUUAUUUUCAAUAACUCAGAUUUUAUGGCUGUUAAUGGUUAUCAUAGCAGGAAAAAACUGUAUUUCUCACCCAUUUGUGAAUUAAUUCAAACGAAAUAGAUGGUUAGAUAAAGGAAAUGGAAGCUGCUCGUUGCUCACUUUGGUAGACACAUGGAAAAAAGAGACUGAUG